AUGGGAAAACCAAAGUCCCGCGCACAGCAAUUUGCUGACCUGAUUGAUCCUUUACCUAAGGACUUUGAUCCCGAGGAAGAUAAUCGACCAGAGAAGAGCGAUGACAGCGCAUCUGAGGAUAGUGAUAAUGAUUUAGCCGGCACAGAGCAUUAUGCCGAAGUUGGCAAAAGUAAACUCCGAAAACCAGAGGAUAUUGCACUUGGGGCUCAGUAUGCUGGAACACGAAUACGCCGGGAGGCAUUAGCAAACGAGAGUGAGGAUGAAAGCGACAAUGUAUCAAUGUCCGGAUCAGAAUCAUCACCGCUAGAAGAGGCGACCUCAUCCAAGUCUGCGAGCAGCAAGCUGGGAACCGGUCAGAUCAAGAAACGAAAGACAGCUCGAGAUUUUAUGUCAGAUAGCGAGGAUGACGUUGAUGCUCUUGAGGACGAACAAUCGGGAAAUGAGGAGACCGAUGAGGACGUACUGGACACUGCUGGGCAACAUUCUGACGAUUCAGAGGAGCAGAUAUUCUCAACGGCACGCCAAUAUGCGGGCGAGGAGACUGAUGAAAGCGACGCAGAAGAUGAUGAUUCCGAGAAUGCGGGUGGUGUCCAGAUUGCCUCGGACAAGCGGGAUAUGCUGAGCGACAGCGAUAACAACGAGGAUGCCUCCGAGAGUAGCGAUGAUGAAGCAGAUGAUAGGGACGGCGCUGACGAGAAAGCAAGCCGCGCUGAACUCCGGAAAAUCAUGAGCGAAGAGCAGAAGACCGUCGUGGCCACAAUUUCUCAAGCAGCAAAAGCUGAUGCUGACAAAGGCAAUGCGGUAAAGCUACAAAGAAAAGCUUUCGACUCUCUGCUAAGUGUUCGAAUGACUCUGCAAAAGGCACUUAUCGCGACAAAUUCCAUGUCUGCCAGCGACGAGAAGGAAGCCGACGACGAGGCAGACCAACCAUACGAGGCUGCUGAGCAAGCUGCUGUCAAAUUAUGGAAUACCUUGGAUGGACUUCGACAUGAGCUUUCGAAGGCGAAGACUGGGGUGAAUGCAGGUCAGAAACGUAAACGUGGAGUUGAUAUCUCCACACCAUCAUCUACCAUAUGGGAAAAGAUGCAGAGCUACGAAGUAGCCAUGAUUGAUACCCGUCAGACGACUCUGGAAAAAUGGUCAGCAAAGGUUCGAGGCUCCACGGCAGUACCUCUUACAAGGAAACUCAACCCGACGGCAAUGCAAUCCAUCACAUCUGUACUACAAGAUCAGCUCGCAAGCUCGGAGCAUCUGGUGAAGAAAACCAAGGUACCACGGUCAUGUGCACCAAUCCAAAGGGACUUGAAGAUGACAGAAGAUUCCAACAUCUACGACGAUGGCAAUUUCUACCAGAUGCUACUAAAAGAGCUCGUGGACCAGAGAAGAGUCGAAUCAUUAUCUGCACCGGCUACAGGCCCAGGCACUGGCAACGCCCUGCAGUGGACGGCUGUUAAGGAGGCCAAGACAAAAAAGAAUGUUGACACCAAAGCUAGUAAAGGCCGGAAAAUGCGGUAUACAGUGCAUGAGAAGCUGCAAAAUUUCAUGCCUCCACAGGACAGGGGGAGCUGGGAGUCUGACGCUAUUGAUAGAUUCUUUGGGACACUUCUUGGGCAAAAAAUGACCCUAGGCGAAGACGAGAUGGAUGUAGAUGGUGAGGAUGAAUUGCCACUUGAGGAGGAAGGCCUUAAGCUCUUUAGGUCUAGCUAA